AUGCGGGCGCAGCUGCGCGAGAACAUCCAGUACGUGAUGGCCGGGCUGCGGUCUGCAGCUGCGCAGGCGCGCAGCCAGGCCGGGUCCAAAAUGGGGGUCGAAUACUCGCUGCCCCCGGAGAGGGACGACGGGUAUCGACGCGGCCCCAGCAAGGUGUACGCCACAGUUCCCCAGGGGACCGUGGCGACGACCGUCGCCUCGGACUGGCUCGCGAACGAGCUGGCCGAGCACGGAGAGAUCGAUGCGGCAUACCGCGACCGCAUAGUCAUGCACCUGAUGACGGCCGCCGGCGCCUCGGCGCCGGCCGACGCCGUGUUCAGGUUCACGGCUGGCGACGCGAUGCAGACCGAGGACGACGACGAGGACGCUGACCGCUCCGAGGAUUAUUCCGACGACGGGAGGGCGUCCGACUUGUAG